AUGGCCUUCUCCCCCAAGCCAUCUUGGGAUCGAAACUCACCCCGACGACCCGGCGCUCUCGGCCGCCUUAUCGUUCGCUCCCCAGACAGGCGCUACGAGAUCCGCGCCCAGUCGCUCUUCUUGGUCCCCAGUAGUGCCGUCGUAAACGCAGCCACAGCCGACAUGAGGUCGUCGACCUUGUUCCGGCCAGUCAGAGGGCUCCGGCUCGUCGUCGAGGCCGCCGGCCCCAGCUUCUAUCACUUCCUGGUGCAGAAGCGGUACCACCUUCGCGUCGGCGACGCUAUCACCACGCCCCGCUCCGAGAUCCGCAACUGCCGCCACAUCAUACACACCAAUGUGCCGCGGUGGGCCGAGAGUAGGCUCACCCAAUCCACGGCCGCGUUGCGUAAGCAGCAGCUGGUGGAUUGCUAUCGAAGGUGUUUGGAGGAGGCUCAGAGGGUUGGCGCUGGCAGCGUGGCGUUCCCGUGCCUGGGGGCCGAUAAUAUUUCAGGCUGGGAUAGGAGAAACUCUGCGAGGAUUGGCGUUAAUACUGUGCUUGCGUGGUUCAGGCAUCCGGUGAAGGGCGAGGAGAGGAGGAGGAGGAUACCCGGGCCCAUAUACUUUUUGUGUGAUCCUUCGAGCCCGAAUUUAAAGGGGAACCAGCUUAGACAGUCGCAUGGGAUGGGGGUCGAAUUCGACAACGAUGCUGGCGUUGGUGCUGAUUUUGCCGGGCUUCCGCAUCCGCCCUACGUCUCACCGGCACUUGAGCUUGGCCAGGAGAAUAUUGACUCGCCUACGAGUUCUAUCGAACAGGACGAUGCACAAGGCGAAGUUGAGGGAGGGGAUACGGAAGAGAGAUCGAGAAGGUGA